UGCACUUUACUCUUGAUCGUUUGUCAAUUAGAUUGAAAAUUUUUUAUUUGACGAUUUGCCACAUUCCCGCAAAACAAUCUUACAGUAAAAAAAAUAUGAUUAUACACUCAUCAUGGUUAUUAAUGACAAUAAACAAACGUAUGAUGAUGUUGAUCAACAACAGUCACAACAACUGCAGGAAUAUUUAUCAUCUAAUCUUGAACGACAUUUAGAUUCAUUUUUGAAUAAUGAUCACCACCUAGAAUCUGGAACAAAUGAUUUCUCGAUAAUGUUCAAGAAUAAUAAUGACAAUGUGGAUUUUGCAUCGACAAGCUUGGAUAAUGUAGGCAUCAGAAAAUCGAUACAUGGCCCAACAACGGCGAAUAAAAUGGGCAAACAAACGAUUAGCCGCCGAUCAACAAAAUUGCCCAAAACAGUAAUCAAGCCAACUGGAACAGGUUCAAGCAAACCUGUGAGUAAAGCAACACCAUCAAAAGUUUUAGUUAAUCGACGUAAAACAUUAAGGCGUUCAAUGUCAUAUGACACAUUGCCAAAGAUGAAAAAUAAAAUGAUCAUCUGUCAGCCAAUGACCAUACAACGAAGAAUAACGGUACCGACUUCUAAUAAGAUAAUAUUUAGAGCGCAUAAAACGCAACAUUUAGUACUGAUCUGUUUAGCGUUCAUAAGUUUUACCUCAAUGUUAGCUAUGGCUAUCAUCGCUCCAUUCUUUCCAACCGAAUCGGCUAAAAAAGGAAUGCGUGAAUCGAUCAAUGGCCUUGUUUUUAGCGUUUAUGCAUUCGUAUUCAUGAUCUGCAGUCCGAUUAUUAGUCUGAUGAUACCAGUAAUUGGAACAAAAAUGACAUUAAUUGUUGGAAUUUUUAUUGCCGGCGUUUCUAACAUUCUGUUCGGACUAUUAGAUCAAAUACAAAGUUUGGAAACAUUUACAGCAUUUUGUUUUAUUGUGCGAACAUUCGAAGCUGUCGGUGGUACAGCUUUUUCAACAGCCACUUAUACAAUCUUAAUGGAAGAAUUUCCCGAUAAUGUAGGAACAGCAUUCAGUAUCGUGGAAACAUCGGUAGGCUUAGGUCUAAGUCUUGGACCGGCUAUUGGUGGCUUCCUGUACAAUAUUGGAGGUUAUGGUUUACCAUUUUAUGUUUUAGGAACGAUCAUGUUGGUCAAUAUACCACUUUGUUUAGUGAUUAUAAAAGAUACGAAAAAUUGUGAACGACUAAAAUCACCAAUAAAUGCAUAUUUUAAACUAUUGUCCAUAAUAAAAGUAGUUAUCAAUAGUGGUGUAAUUAUUGUCGUUGCACAAUUACUCAGUUUUCUUGAUCCAACGGUCGAACCACAUCUACGAAGUAUUGGAUUGGGAACGAAUCUAGUUAGCUUGAUAUUUUUGAUAUUAUCGGCUACAUAUACAUUAAGUUCACCAUUCAUCGGAUGGUUUUCGCAGAUGGUACCGAAUAAAUUUCAAAUUAUGGCUGUUGGUCUUUUAUUAUUAGGUUUGGAAUUUCUAUUUCUUGGACCGGCCGAAAUGAUUCCGAUUGAAACGAAUUUCACACAAACUGCAAUUGUAAUGGCAUUAAUUGGCAUAUCAUAUUCGAUCGCAUUUAUUCCAACAUUCGAAACAUUAAAUAAUCUUGCUAUACGAAACGGAUUUCCGGAUGAUGUUACCACCUACAGUCUGGUUUCAGGAUUUUGGACUGCAUUCUGUUCUUUAGGCGAAAUUCUCGGACCUAUGUUUGGCGGUUUUCUAACCGAGAAUUUUGGCUUCAAACGAUCAUCAAUGAUCAUGGGUGUUAUUGCAAUAGCUAUGGCAUUCGUAUGUGGUAUAACUUGCAUCUAUUAUGAUGAAUUGAAUAUUAAUGAUAGCCAUCACAACCAUCGUAAUAAAAGGCAAAAACCAAUGUCCCAAAAUCGGACCGGCUCUAAUCGUUAUUAUGGCAAGCAAUCAUCGGUUAGGCCAAGAAAUACUUUGACGAACAACGGAACACAAUACCGAAAAUAUUAUCUUCAUCCACGUUUUCAUCCAUUCGUAUUCAACAAUAAACUUCAUCAAAAUGUUGUGCCAAAUUUUUCAAUCGAACGUGCCGAACACCCAAAUUGUUUUCUACGUAAAUUUACCUAUGAUGGCCGAUAUUUGAUGGCAUUCAGUUCAGAUAUAACCAGUGUUGAAUUGUAUAAAUAUCAAGGUGCAGCAGCUGCAGCUCAAUUACUAAAUACGAUACCGAGUGGAAAUAAAGAUUAUCUUAGUUAUGGAGAUGAAAAUGCGGAGAUAAGACGAAAAAUUUUUAGCUGUUUUUUUAAACGUCAUCAUACGAUAACAGUUGCAUUGGAUGGUGGACAAUUAAGCCGAGAAUGCAGUCUUUUUACUGAUGAUAAUCGAUUUUUAAUUGUUGCAUCAUCAUUCGCAGCAAGUGAAUCUACAACUUCAUUUCAUGAUCGAUAUCAAACAAACGAAUCGAUUCCAAUGGGCCACCGUUCUACAUAUGAAAAUUAUAAAUUUCAUAUAAUCGAUAUUGAUGCUGGCCGUGUGGUUGAUAGUAUCGAAUUCAAUACGGACAGAAUACAAAUUGCCAAUAAUCAUGGAAUCUAUUUGUACAAAAAUAUCUUUGCUAUAUUAUCUGUUCAACAUCAAAUUAUUCACCUAUAUUAUAUAUUACCGAAUGGUGAAUUUAUAUUCAAUAGAAAAAUUGGUCGAUUCUGUUCGGAAGAAGAUCGUUUACUAUUUGAAGAUUCAUUGAUGCAGUCCAUGUAUCGUCGCUUGAAUCAACCGAUACCGGUUAGUCAUAGACCAGUUGCAGCAUUCCGAGAAGUUCCAUUCAAUUCUCUUAAACAUCGAAUCAUUACGUUUGCAUUUCAACAGGCAAGACGUCGAUCGAUUGAAAUUGGUUCACCAAAACCAUUAUGUCAAUUCUAUCAUGAUUUUGAUUAUUUAGUCAAUCUACGAAUGUUGAAGAUGCAAUUAUUAGAUGAAGAACAUUUACUCAUCAAAUAUGAACAGGAAUAUAGCCUUGUAACAUAUAAUCAACAUAUUAUUAAUAAAUAUGAUGCAUAUAAUCAAACCAAACUUUGGAAUCUAUUUGUUGUUUAUAAUUGGAAAACGACCGAAGUGUUAAACAUUUAUCCACAACAUUCGCAAACAUUAUUGUAUGCAUAUGAAAAUUUUUGCAAUAAUUUCCGUCAUCCAUAUGGCUAUUAUCCAUGUUCACCAUCGAAUAAUUAUUAUGCUCGUGUUGCAUAUGAAGAAUUUAAAAGAUCAAUUAUUGAAAAUCGUAAUGGCAAUUACAAUGAAGCUGUCCGUUGUAUUCUAUCUUUAUUGCCUCAUCAUGCUCAGUUAUUGACACCAAGUCCAUAUCUUGACCUUUCAUUAUUUUCCUAUGAUGAAAAAGUAAUCGGUUCUAAUGAAAAACCUCGACAUACAAGUGAAGUGCCAAUUCGUUUCUUCAAUCGAGAUACGGGUGUCCUUUCAUUUCGAAUGCACACUGGUCAAGCUUUUAUGCAGCCACAACGUUUUCCACCUUUACAUAAUCAUCAUCCCAACAAUCGGCGAUUAAUUGCAUUCAUAUUUCAUCCUACCGAUCCCUUUAUUAUAAGUGUUCAACGUUAUAAUUCACAAUAUUUACUUCAUUUUCAUAUUCGUCAUUUUAAUCCAUUGUAAAUUUAUAAAAUUCACUUUUUUCAUGAAAUUGUGAUUUAAGACAAAAAACUACCGUUUGGUAAUUUUGUGUCUGUGUUUGUUUUAUCAUCAUCGAUCAUUCGAAAUAAAUCUGUUUUUUUCUUAUUAA